CGUACCGACAGCUCUGCCUCCCUGUCAGUCACUCCAUCGCUGGCAGCUUCCCGUCAGUAUGAAGUUCCAGGAGCGCUCGUGCUGACCGCCGUUACCGGAGAACUGUCAAUCAUCCGUUCCAAAACCGCCUGCCGGUAUGACGUCACGGGAGUUCUGACCGCGCUACCUGUCAGUCACUCCUUCACGGCGAGCGCGAGGAAAAUCUCUGCGCUGAUCUGAGCGUGAAUCCACUACUGUCCACAAUGCUGGAUACCGACGCAGCAUCAGGUGAGGAUAAAAACACUCCGCGCGCGGGAACGCUUCAGUAAUCCGGAGGGAAAUAAGCGAGAAGUAUGGAUAAACGCGACAAGAAAGCAAAAAAGGAUUCAGUGAAGUCUACGAAACGCACAGGGAAGCUGUUCCGGAGAAAAUCAUUCAAAUCAGUGGAAAGUUUGGUGAGUAAGAUCUUGAAAAGUUUGGGGAGCUUUGCUAACGGCGGAGAAACAACCGAGCGCUCGGAUGCUGAGGACGACGAUGGUGGCUUUGGAGAAAGCGCACCUUGCGCGGGAAACUCAGGUCAUGUGAGAAAAGAGGACAGCAGCCAGGUGAGGAAAAGUUGCUCGCUUCCCUGCCGUUCCUCCGUGAGAGAGCGACUGUUGUCGCUGUACGGGGAUAAAACGCCAGGCGUGCUGGGUCUGAAGAAUCACGGGAACACCUGCUUCAUGAACGCCGUCGUGCAGUGCUUGAGCAACACGGACCUGCUCGCUGAGUAUCUGUGUCUGCAGCGAUAUAAACUGGAUCUGCGUCGCAGGGGAAUGAACGGGGUUAUAAAGACUGAGAACGGUCAGCAGGAGAAAGGAGAGGUUACGGAACGCCUCGCGACUUUGGUCCGAGCGCUUUGGACUUUUCAAUACACUCCUCAACUCUCGGCCGAGUUUAAGAUGACAGUAUCUAAACAUGGCGCACAAUUCCGUGGGAAUUCCCAGCAUGAUGCUCUUGAAUUCCUGCUCUGGCUUCUGGACCGCCUCCAUGAGGACGUCAACUCAUGUUCAACCCUCCCCAGUGGGAAUAACAGAAGCAAAUCAAGUGGCAAGGAUCAAGAAGGAGGUCAUGAAAAGGCUGUCUCUGAUACCCUGACCCCGCCACAGACACAGCCUGGUGUAUGUCACAGCUUUGUACAAGAGCACUUCCAGGCACAAUAUAAGUCAUCUCUGACAUGCCCACAUUGUCUUAAGCAGAGCAACACGUUUGAUCCUUUUCUGUGCAUUUCCCUCCCUAUUCCUCUAAGACAGACGAGACCAGUGUGUGUGACUUUGGUGUUUAGCAGUAAAGGGCAGCGGUAUCUGAGAGUGGGGCUCGCUGUGCCUCUCUUCGGCUCUUUGGCUUGUCUGCGCCGGAUGGUGGCAGAUGAGGGCAAGAUCUCUCCCGAUCAGGUAAUAUUGACAGAGGUUUACACAACUGGUUUCCAGCGCUCGUUCUUUGAUGACGAUGACUUGACCAGCAUAGCAGAGAGUGACAUCAUCUAUGCCUUCCAGGCUCCGCCCCUUUACAUCAGGGGUGGAUCUGCACGAAUCUCAGGGUUGCACCACAGUCUUCCAUCCUCUCCGUACACCUCGUCUGGGCCCGAGGGUUACAGACUGGCUGCUUCGGGAGCGCUGUCCUCCGAGUUCCUGAACCAGGCCGACGGGAUGGGGAAGAUCUUGCUGCUGGUGUGUAAUGCAGCUGGAGCAGGACAGCAGGCAGUGAGAUUCGGUCCUCCGUUUCUGAUGAGAGAGGACAGGUCAGUGUCGUGGGCCCAGCUACAGCAGAGCAUCCUCAGUAAACUCUACUAUCUGAUGAUCAAUGGAUCGCAGGCACAUAAUUUCAGGGUGUUGUUCAAGAUUCGUGUUGUUGGGGGAUCUGCAGCUUAUAGCUACUUAAAUCCUCAGGACGGACGGCCGCUUUAUCACCCUGCUGUGGACAGAGCUCUAAAGCUGUGUGGCUCAGGUGGACCGCCGCAUGUGAAGCUCAUUGUUGAAUGGGAGCACAGAAUCAAAGACUGUCUGUUUGGUAACAUCCAAGAGGAGGUGGUGAAGGACUCAGAAAGUGUUCGUGCUCAACAACAACACCACGUCCAACAGCACAGCUGCACCCUGGAUGAGUGCUUUGAGCUCUACACCAAAGAAGAACAACUGGCCCCUGACGAUGCAUGGAAGUGUCCUCACUGUAAGCAGCUGCAGCAGGGCACGGUGCAGAUGAGCCUGUGGACUCUCCCAGACAUCCUCAUCCUUCACCUCAAGCGCUUCAGACAGGUGGGAGAGCGCCGUAACAAGCUCUCCACGCUGGUGCACUUCCCCCUCAUGGGCCUCGAUAUGGGCCGCCACAUGGUCAAGAGGAGCAGCUGUGCCCGAGCACCGCCCGGCUGGAAACAACAGGCCCAUCAGCAGCCUGAAGCCAGCCGACACACACUGACCUUCCUGUAUGACCUGUACGCCGUGUGUAACCAUCAUGGAGGCAUGCAUGGAGGCCAUUACACAGCAUACUGCAGGAACUCAGUGGACGGUCAGUGGUAUGCCUACGAUGACAGCAGUGUUGAGCCUGUGCCUGAGGGGGAAGUGUGCACACGUGGUGCUUAUAUCCUCUUCUAUCAGAGACGAGAUGCCAUCCCAUCCUGGUCAGCUAGCUGCUCACUGCAAGGUUGCUCUAGCUCCUCUACAUCAGACCACUGGCUCAUCCGACUGAAUGCAGACAACAGAAUUUCAAAUUCAACCAACAAGCUGUCCAGUUCAUCUUCAGCACCUGAGCCCCAAACACAAAAUCUUCCUACUGUCCAUGAGCCUCAAAAAGAAGACAACGAUGUAGUUGAGCCAACGCCAUUUGUACGGAGCGUCCGGGGCCACAGUAUGAGUAUGCGCUACCACUCCAAAUCCAAGACGGGCCCAAGCAAAGUUAUUCCCCUGCGCUGGUCAUUUGCAUCCAAGGAGCGCAGAAAGCCAUCCAGCAUCGCGCCACAACCUGGAAGCGACGAGCUGGUGGAGUAUCUCGAGUCCGGCCGGCGGCCUCGAUGCACCAAGGAGCCCAUAGUAAGUAUCGUGGCUAGUCCUUCACAGGUCAAAGCUCAGACUCGCGAGGAUGAUUCUCUGAGUUCCCCGAGCUGCAGCAGUACUGUGGAGCGAUGUAGCUAUCAAGGUCCGGAUUCCCCCAGACUGCCCGAAGGCCAGAGCAGACCAGCAGCGGACCUCAACAGCAUCACAUCCGAUAGCUCGUUGGCCAAAAACUGUUCAAAAACCAGGCAGGAGCACGAAAGGACUCAAGCCAGUAAGUCGCUUCAAGGUUCCCCCAGUGCACUUUCCAAUGGUACUAGCAACUGUUCAUCUUACUCCAUAGACUCCUCGUUAAAACGGCGAGCAAACCAGCCGUCUGUGACUAACAGGAAUCGUCCCAGCCAGACGCAGAUGGCCACAGGGGACAGCAGGAGUAAAGACAGUGCCACCAACAGUACCACCCAAUUGAAGAAUAAGGAGGUGGUUUACGGCAAAACAUUUUCCAGCAAGAGCUUGACCAAACUGUCACUAUCCAAUGGGACUCCAAAUGGAAAGGGCACUGAGGUGAGGAAAACUGGCAUUGCUCACAAGAGCACCAGUAAUGCAGGUAACAACAGAGAAAAACCGGUUUGUUCAAGCACAGCUGAUAUGAAACGAGCCCACAGCUCAUCCAAUAUACAGAGCAAGCUAGAUAUGACUCUGAAAAGGACGCUGUCACUCCAAAGAAACGGUCCAUUGGUGCCGGCCCCCCAAAAAGGACCAGCCGUAGAUAAAUCCUCCUAUGCAACACUACAGAAAACCAGAUACAGCAACACUUCACUUGGCAGACAGAGACCUGUGCCCGAGUCCUGCUUCUGAUGGCUUUCAUCCUCACUGUGGGAACAGUGUUUGUAAUGUAAAGUAUAUAUGUUUUAUGCACAUGACAACAUAAAAAAAUUGCAUACUGUUGCUCUUUUCCAAAAACUAGUGAGCAUUGAAAAAAAAUGUUUCCAACACAAAGCCUGGUUGAAAAGGCUUAAAACACCUAGUUUUCACCAAAGGCAGCAGGCAGUCUUUAAAGAGUUCAGUGAACAAAUCCAAGACAACAAGUGAAACGAGAGAAAAUAAUAUUAUAAAUGUGCAUAUAGAAUUAUUUAAUAGUCAAUAUAUAGACUACCGUUCAAAAGUUUCAGGUUGGUAAGAUUUAUUUGAAAGAUAACUCUAAUGUAUUUCAUCAAAUCGGUAAUCCUUCAGAAUUCAUUUGUUGCUCAUGAAGCAUUUCUUCUUAUCAAUGUUUAUCCAUUUACUGCAUUUUUGCUGAAUAAAAGCAUUGAUUUCUUUCAAUAACAAAAAAUCUUACUCACCGCAAAUAUUCAAACAGUACUGCAUGUUUCUUUAACUAUGUGCACUUUUGACCCUGUGGACUUUUAGAAAAUAACACUUAAUUAUUCCAUUUACAAGGUCUCUUUUUUUUUCUGAAUAUAAAAUAAAAAUGUUUCCACCAGACAUUUCAGUAAUUUCCAGCAUAUCUCAGAUUAUUUUUUAUGUUUAGAGACAUUCGGGGAUGGGAAGCACAUUUUGACAUUUGGAAUAAAAAACAGAAUCUUGUUUUGCCAAGCCUACAUUUGUAGCUAGCAUUUUAUGUAUCAGAGAUAAACACAACAAACUUUGUGCAUGAAAUUACUGCUCUAUCAGAAAUUGGGCACAGAAACAAAAAGUGAUGUUUACCUUGAUUUUGCACCCUUUAUUUUGUAACACAUCUCAUUUCACCUCAAGCUCUUCACUGACACUGUUGUACCCUUAGUACCCAAGUACACUCAUUUUUGAUUUAAAAAAAGGGACAGAUUAGUGGAAGUGACAUCACAAAUAUGGGACAGUUGUAACUUUUGAAAAAAAACAAUACUGUACAGUAUAUUUAUCCCCCAAUAACUAUCGACAUACUGUAAAUGAUAUUUGAAAAAAAAUAAAAUAAAUAACUUGAGUCUGUUAUAUAUAUAUAUUUUUUUUUUUAAAGCUGAUGGAUAUUUUGAAAAUCAACCCCUGGGUCACAAAAGUGCUGAAGUUGAAGAAAAAUAAAAAAAUAAAUAUAUAUAUAGUAUUGAAGAUUAUCUUGUGUCAAAAUUAAAAAUGAUUACAGAUUUACUGUUUGUUGAUCAUGGAGUUUCCUUUUUGUAUGACAGCUUCUGCAUAUAUUGCAUAUAUAUAGUAUUCCUGUAGCUCAAGUGGUAGAGCAUUGCGUUAUCAAGCGCAAGGUUGGGGGUUCAAUUUCCCGGGAACACAUGAUAGAUAAAAAUUGAUGGCCUGAAUGCACUGUAAGUCGCUUUGGAUAAAAGCGUCUGCUAAAUGCAUUAAUUUAAUUUAAUUUAAUUUACAUUUAUAUAUAGAGCUUCUAUAUAUAUAUUUUAUCUAUCUAUAUUUUACGACAUUAUAAUUUACCUAGGAUGCUGCCUUAGAAGGUAGCUACCUAUGUAGGGUGUAGGCACUAUGGCUGCUCACUAGGUUUUGGAUCAGAGCUUGUGUUUCCCCUCUCAAAUCUGACUUUCUGUAUCAUAACUUUCUAUGGUUGGUAUAAACAGUAUUUAACUAGCAUAUCUCAAAGCCUGUUGUCAAAUCUCCAUUUCUACAGCAGAUACAGUAUGUAGCAUCACUCGCUAGUGGCUGUAAUGAUACAGUAGGAUCUGUUAAAUGUCAGAACUGAGGUCUGCUUUCUGUGUUUAGUGAACUGUCAUGUAUAUUUAUGCAAGUGCCUUUUUGUAAUGAUCUCAGGAGAGCGGCGGUCGUUGGAACAGAGUGUUUUUUUGUUUUUUAACUCAUGAAUAUACAUGUGCACACCUCACCACAGAUGAAAUGAAUCCACAGAUGGCACAAGCAUUUAUUCAUCUCACUCCCAGAAUAUCCCAAACGACUCUAAAUGUUUCACAUUAACGUGUACCUCGUUCAUCGCUGGAUUCACUAGUUUGUUUUCUGACAGGAAUGGACUGUGCGAGUACAAUCAGACAAGCCGAAGUUUUAUGAGCGCAUUUAAGCAUCAGCUGCAAAUCGAGCAUAUAAUUGCAAAAUGUAUCGAGAUGCUGAUGUUGAAAAAUAGCAAUAUCUUCGAGAUGGAUCUUCAAGGAUCAUGAUACUGAUGUCGGAAAGUAGCAAUAUCUUCAACACUUUUUUAAUGAAAUUGUAAUAGUAAACUGAGGCAUUAAAAGGAGCAGUAACUUUUAGCAAAGUCAAACAAGUAAUAAAAAUAGUAAAGAAUAAAGGUUUUGAUCAUAUGAAACACGUCAUAUUCUUAUGUUAGGAAUUUGAGUCUGGAAGUAACUCGCUAAUUAAUUUACUGUACCCGUAAUAACAUGCUCAUACCUCGUCAUACCUUGUUGGAAUUUCUUUAAAAAAUGACAAAAUUCGAAAGCUGAGAUUUUGUUUCAUACCGGCUCUGUCAGUUUGCUCUUUGCUUCACUGCGUGAGAAAAUGAGAGCGCCAUGGUUUGUCAGACAUAGCAACAGUAAUGAGGGGGAGGGGGUUGUUGCGAAGGGUCAAUUCCAGGUCAGAGGACGUGAGCCGUUCUGUACUGUGAACAGCAAUGUACAGCAUGCUAGUUUGCUUAUUAUAAUAUACUAACAAGAAACUUUGCUUCUACUCAGCUAACAAGGAACAUUCUUAAAAACGUUCCAGAAAGCUACUCUCGCAGUUAUAAAGCAGACAUUCCUCCAGCAACAUUAACAGAAUGUUUAUUCAAAGUUAUCUGGUCUUUAAUAAUGUGUUCAAAACAUUAGCUUAGAAAUGUUAUUUAUACAGUGUUUAUGGUGUGUUUUUCUGAAACAUUUUAGCCAUUCGUCUACGAUGGUCCUAUGAUGUUUGCAAACGAAUAAAAUGGAACAUUCUUCUUAAAGGGUCAUUUCACCCAAAUAUUGUAAUUACCCCAUGAUGUACUUGCCCUCAAGCCAUCCUAGGUGUAUAUGACUCUUCUUUCAGACAAAUACAAUCAGAGCUAUAUUUGAAAAAAAAUGAUCUCCACACUCUCCUGGCUCGCCCAAGCUUUACAAUGGCAGUGAUUGGUGGUUGAGAUUUUUAAGCCCAAAAAAGUGCAUCCAUCCAUCAUAAAAAGUGCUCCACGUGGCUCAGGUAGGGUUAAUAAAGGCCUACUGAAGCAAAUCAAUGCAUUUGUAUAAGAAACAGUCAUAUAUGCAUUCACGAGAGACUGGCGUUCCAGCAGCCAUAGUUAUCUAAUGGUGCUCUUGGGAAACGCAUCCCUGAUUGACUUUUUAAACAGCUGGACUUAAGAAUUUGAUCAAAGUGGCAAAUAAAUCCCAUAGACUUGCACUGAAGGCCAUACAGCCCAGAAUAUUAAAAACUUUAAGGUGAGGCUUUUGACAUGCAGCUCAGCAACUCCAUAGAAACCUCUAGAAACCAUCCUGAUGGUGAAUUUUAGCCACACCAUUAUGAUACAGAUGGCCAAGGAUGCAACUUCUUUUACCUUCUUCUUACAUAUUAAACAUCAUUCACGUUUAUGAUGAAGAAUACGAUGCUUUUAUUUUCUGAGGUCAGUUUAAAUAUGAAUAUCACUCAGUCACUGUAACAGAUGUCACUGCCAUGUGACAGCGAGUCUCAUUGGUGAACAAGACAUGUGUAAUAUUACUUAAAUCUAUUACGCCACUCACACGUUCAACAAUUCAUUCAUCUAUAAUCCCAGUGCACUCUCCUGAUCUCUGGAGUGAUGUGCUCUCAUAUCACUGUUCAAUCUGAAUAUGAUAAUGCUUUAUGUGAACCGUUCACCUGAAAUCAGACUCCCUGUGUUAGUCCUCUAAUGCACACUUAACCUGAAGAGCCGUUCUUGUGUAAUAUUUAAAAAAAACAAAACAAAAAAACGAUGUAUUAAGAUUAAUGUUGUUGGAUGUAAUGAUUACUGAGGAUAUUUAUUCUUAUCUGCUCCUGAGAGAUUGAGGGGUUUUUUUAUGGCAGGUUUUUGUACCGAACAUUUUUAAUUGGAUGUAUUAUGCUUAAUUAAAUAUAUGCUGAGAUGCUCGCUAGGUAGCAAGAGAUCAAGCAAGGCAUACAAAACUUUGUGCUAACACAUUGCAACUGGUUUUAUUCUUAGGCUUUUAAGCACAACUUUUAUAAACACCUUUUUAAUUAGUUGUUUGUUCUGCUUUAAAACAGACGCAUUGGCAUCUCAAUAAAUCUUUCCACUGCCCCUGAGAUUUUCAUUUCUAACAUGUCAUGGCUUUGAUAUGAUGCAAUAUAGUCUAAAUGUCAAUACCACUGUAUGCUGUGAAUAUGACAUAGAUUGAUUCUCGUUGUUACAGAGAUGGCAGCUAUAUUGCAGAUGCAAAUAAAGCAUUGUGGCCUAUGUAGGUGCUAUUGUCAGCAGCAUUAUUGUGCUUUAGAUGAUUGCAAAACUUUCUCCCCUGCUGUUCCCUCUGAGUUUGUCUAGACAACCUUUUCUUGUUAUGUCUCUUUGUGUCACAUUUAUUCAACUGCAAUAACACACAGGUGCAGAUGUGUCACACUUCAGUCGUUUUUGUUGUUUUUGUUGUUUUUUUAAGCUUUGCUAAAAAGUUCCAUGUGUUAACGUGUUAAGAGAAUAGUUCAAAUUAACAGAAACUUUUAAUUUGAAUGAGAAAGAUCAUAUGCAAACAGUAAAUAUAUAACACAUAUAUGAUAUAAAACAUUUGAAUUAUCCACCAUGAGAAAUUCCAUACAUAAUAUACAUAACAAUGUGCUAAUCAAAAAUAUUUCACCCGUCUUUCCACUUAAUAACAAGAAACCCAUCACUAGAGACCUCAAAUGCUUAGGUGAUGAUAAGACAAGAGCUUUCUCCGAAUUUAAAGAGCAGAGAAACGUAAGGACAUCUUGAUUUGGAUUUGAUUAUUCACUAUUAUUCUGCAGUGUCUGAGAUAUU